AUGACAGAUCGCCAACCAGGGUACCAUCAGCCUGGACUUGGGAGUUUGCCCAACGAUCCCCAGGAAUUCGGAUACACAAACGAGUGCGACGUCCCAACGAGCGCCGCGUUGACGACAGGCUGGGACCACUCGCAAUGUCCUACCCCACACCGGGCGCACACCUCACGAAAUCCCAGUAUCGACUCGCUGCCGCAUGGUAAGAAGUCUGACGAUAAAGAGCAGCAAUCACAUUCGCCAGCGCACGGAAAGCUCGGCAUCAGGGAUCGCAUCCAGCAUCUGACCUGGGCAUGGUUCACGACAACGAUGAGCACGGGAGGGUUGGCCCUGGCUCUAGGGCAGACGCCACACCAAUUCGCUGGCCUCCGAACGAUCGGCAAGAUCGUCUUCAUCCUUGACCUCGUGCUCUUCGUCACCCUGGUACUGUCUAUCGUCACGCGUUUCGUGCUCUGCCCCCGCGCCCUGAAGGCCUCCUUGACGGACGCCACCGAAGCCUUCUUCUUCCCAACAUUCUGGCUGAGCAUAUCCACCAUCAUCAGCAACACGCAGGUCUACGGCACCCCGGCGACAGGGCCCUGGCUCGAGACGGCACUCCGCGUCGUCUUCUGGACCUACGCAGCCUGCACCAUCCUCGUCGCCGUCGUCCUCUACCUCGUUCUCUUCUCCACACCCUCGGUCCACACCAAGUGCGGCCCCUCCACCGCCGCCCCCAGCUGGAUCCUCCCCGUCUUCCCCGUCAUGCUCUGCGGCACGCUCUCCGGCCUGCUCGCGCCGCACCAGUCGUCGCCGACGCACGCCCUCGCCAUGAUCGUCGCCGGCGUGUCCUUCCAAGGCCUCGGCUGGACCGUCUACACCGCCGUCAUGGCCCUCUUCCUGCUCCGCCUGCUGCACGCCGGCCUGCUCCCGCCCGGCGAGCGCGCCGCCAUGUUCAUGAUGGUCGGCCCGCCCAGCUUCACCGCCCUGGCCCUCGUCGCCAACGCCAACGCCCUGCCCGCCGCCCACCACUACUUCGCCGUCGCGCAUCCCGGCGCGCGGGACAUGCUGCUCGUGCUGGCUACCUGGGCCGCCGUGUUCCUGUGGAGUCUGGCUUUUUGGUUCUUCGGCCUGGCGCUGGGAGCGUGUCUGAUGGUGGUGCCGAGGGUGCGUUGGACGCCGAUGUGGUGGGCAUAUGUGUUUCCCAAUGUGGGCUUUACCAUCGCCACGGUUGAGGUGGGGAAGGAGUUGGAUAGCGAGGGUAUAUUGUGGGUUGCCAGUGGGAUGACUGUAGCGUUGGUGGCUAUGUGGCUGUUUAUUGCUGUCGCUCAGGUUAGAGCCGUUGCUAAGAAGAUGGUGCUCUGGCCUGGAAAAGAUGAAGAUAGGAAUGAGCCGCAUGUGAGCGAGAUGUUAAAGGGUUACCCAAAAUAG